AUGCCGCCCAAGGUUUCUAGCAAAGGAGCGAAGAAGGCUGUGAAGAGUCAGAAGCUUGGACGCCCCGGCGACAAGAAGAAGAAUCGCAGAAAGGAGAGCUAUUCCGUCUACAUCUACCGAGUGCUGAAGCAAAGUCAGAAGCUUGGACGUCCCGGCGAUAAGAAGAAGAAUCGCAGAAAGGAGAGCUAUUCUGUCUACAUCUAUCGUGUGUUAAAGCAAGUCCACCCUGACACCGGCGUUUCCUCUCGGGCAAUGUCGAUCAUGAACUCGUUCGUGAACGACGUCUUCGAACGCAUCGCUGCUGAGGCAUCUCGUCUCGCCCACUACAACAAGCGGUCCACCAUCUCUUCUCGUGAAAUCCAAACUGCUGUUCGACUAAUUUUGCCUGGAGAGUUGGCCAAACACGCUGUCUCUGAAGGUACAAAGGCUGUCACUAAGUAUACAUCUAGCAAGUGAGC